UUCAGUGUGUUUCGUGCAGAACAAGUCGUGGCACACAAACGUCAAAAAUUAUCUUUCUCGCUUGCAAAGGUCGCGCUAUAAUGGCCCAGGCAUUCUACGUUCGAAAUCCUUAUCCUGUGCCGGAUAUCUCCCGGGAAGGAGCGUGGAUAUCGCGCGGACCUGUGUUGGGAGAUAAAGUCUUGCCGUCGGAUAGAGACUGGAACGUCAAAUUGAGCGCUCACGAGCGUCUCUUCGCUCAUCACACCCUGAACAGCAUCCGCAGAGAUCGUCGACUCGUCAGACCGCAGGUUCCGCAUGACGCCCUUGACCUAGCAUUAAACAGCGUUUACGCUCACAGUCGAGACACUCUAGUUUCGAAAAUGUACGUACCCAUCCAGCCAGAGACGCUCGGCAGAGAAACUUGGCGUGUCUUGCGAAACGAGAUUAAGAUUUUACCAGAACCACCUAAACCAGAUAGACCGAGGCACGUGAGCGGUCAUCCGGACGAGGAACUUAAAUCGGUAGUUCGGGUACCUUUAUCGGCGGAUAAAUCGAGGUGUCAUAGCGGGCCAACUUUACCGCGCAGAAUUCAUCCGAGCAGCGUGAAAUUAAAUAUCGAGGGUCCUCAUAUGGACCAAUCGAAUCCCGGAUACAGUCGCAAAAUCGACGGAACUUUUUACAGUAUUUAAACACGGAUUUGGACGGUGUUUGAGCGGCACGCUUGGAGAACGUUCGGAUUAAACUGAAACCUGCAAUUCGCCGAAUGAAGCACCCGCUUUUACAAAUACCAUUAUCGCUAUUGGCAUAAUCUGGCGAGAUUUACGUUUUGGAACACUUCGAGAAGCAGCGGAUUGUCAACGUGACUGUAAUGUAGACACGAAAUUGAUCGCAUUAGAAGACUUCUGUACAUCACGAAGACAGAUAUGAUUAAAUCGCGUCAAUCGUCGCCAUUAUUUCGCAGCGUGACAAAAUAUCCGAUUAUCCUAUCUAUCUAUGCCAAUCUGAUCAUGUUGACAAAUUUAACCAGUGGCUCACGAGCUUGCCUCGGUUAUCGCGAGCAGAAAUCUCCCGAUUGCCGGCUCUCGCAUUUUCGCCCCUUUGACAGUUCGAGGCGCAGGCGGCUCGAAGAUCGGCAGGCGCGCGUGAGUCAGUGCGCACCAAGUUCUCACUGCUCGACUCGGCACGGCAGUGAGCUGAAGGGACAGAAUGUCCCAUUACCCGGGUAAUCCUUGUUUGUAAUAAACCAGCGCCCCGCUGCCAGCUCAGGGUGACAGCGGAGCCACCCUCGCCGAGGGCUCGCGCGAAGGAGGAGUCAUCUCCGCACGCAUAUGCUCCUCAUGAAAUAUCAUUUAUGUUUCUCACCCCGCGCGCAAACGUCUAUCUUGCGACCCGUUUGACCCGGCUCGCAACCCUCCGACACCCUCUCUCCGCGCCGGGCAGCCGGAGUAGGCAGCACGAUCCUUAUACAUACGUCUAAUCCGACCAUGAUUGCCCCGCCGACCGCCUCGUCACGAAAACUCCACCUCGGCUAUGAGAUGUAGUACGCUACCCUUCCUCUUUCCUCUGUCUGACCCCAUUCUCCUAGCUCCUUUAAAACGCUUUUUGACGAACCUCGCAACGGCGCGAGGUGAUGAAUUUUCACGCUCGCGCGCGUUCAACUUUCCUUCAUCAUUUUUGUAUUAAAAGUUAACAGAAUUUUUGCUCUAUCAUGGAUGUAUUACGAUCUACGUCGAAUUUGUUAUCUGGACUUAUUACAGUUUUGCGUGACACCAUAUGGAUACGUCGUUUGUGAUUGUUUCGAUUAAUCGUAAACUCGGUGGUCUCGAUAAUAGUAAUUUUUCUGUGGAUUAUGUCGCAGAGCGUGUCUAUUGACUCUAUUGACGUGGAUCCUUUUUCUGUCCCAGUAUAAUGAAGAGAGGCUAUAAGGGUAGAACGAUCUCAGACGGUCGUCAGGCAACGAGUGAGGUUACCAGCCAAUUACUUGGCUGAACGAUUUUAUUUGUAUUUAAUUCUUAUUUAAUUUACUUUUUACGGUCGCGCGUGCGCAUAUAGUUUUUCCACUGCCAUUAAGGAGAUGGAAAGCUUCUUCGUCAUUGCAAAUUAACGACCGGUCGCGAUCUAUUCUGUCGAACGCAAUCAACUGCAUAAUAUAGUGUCCGACAGUAGAAUUUACCCUUCAUAAAAACGUCAAACUGCGUAUACACAAAAAUGAGCUGCUACAGCUCAUUCUGUAAUAAAGCUGAUCAAACGGAAAUCGAACCGAUACGAUUAGAUCAAAUAAUUUUAAAUAUUUAGAAAUUAAUUUGGAUCGGCACAGCAUUAUUUUUAAAGAUACAUUCACACAAGUAAUGACUGAGCAAUGAUGCUACUGUAUACCACAUUUGAACUGAUUCCGCUCUAUCUAUUCGAUUCUUUUACGCGUACGCUUUUCCAGAAGGAAAUUCUGCGUGAAAGUCGAAGCAAAGUCGCAUUGAUCCCUCCAGGAUGAAGCUGUUAUUCCACUGAACUUGUUACGUUAUAUUUAUCAGCGCGGUGCACACUGGCACUACCCGUCGGGUUUUAUCGUUCCUUUCGGAUUUCGUUCUUCCACCGUCGUUUCAGCUAAAUAGACAAAGCCGCAAAUGACACAGCGAAUAAUAAGCAACGCACUAAAUUAACCAGACGUCACAUAUGAUGUAAUUUCCAUUUUAAUCCAUUGCUUCUCUAGAAUUGGUAAAACACAUUUUCUAAUUCCAUAUAUAUUAUGCAUAUAAAGG